CGCACUCGCUCGCUGUCAGUGAAGGACGCGCGCUCCAGCCGCACAUCGAAGCCACCACAAUGACCGAAACCACCUUUUUAUCCCCGCAAUGAAUCCUUACAAUGAAACCAGAGCCGAACAUAACCUGUUUGCUUUUGGCACCUACAAACUUCUCGCCUUCACCAUCGGAACCAUCGGAGUGUUUGGCUUCUGCAACAACGUUCUUGUCAUUCUACUUUACUGCAAAUUCAAGAGACUUCGGACACCUACCAAUUUGUUACUCGUCAACAUAAGUUUGAGUGAUUUGCUGGUUUCUGUCGUUGGAAUAAACUUUACAUUUGUCUCGUGCGUCAAAGGUGGCUGGAUUUGGAGCCAUGCAACAUGCGUGUGGGACGGCUUCAGUAACAGUUUAUUCGGCAUCGUCUCAAUCAUGACGCUGGCAGCGUUAGCUUAUGAGCGCUACAUCCGGGUGGUCCAUGCACAGGUGGUGGACUUUCCCUGGGUGUGGCGGGCCAUUGGCCACAUCUGGCUUUACUCCCUAGUUUGGACUGGGGCUCCUCUCCUGGGCUGGAACCACUACACACUAGAGAUCCACCAACUGGGAUGCUCCUUGGACUGGGCUUCCAAGAAUCCAAAUGAUGCUUCAUUCAUUCUUCUAUUCCUCCUGGCUUGUUUCUUUGUACCUGUUGGCAUCAUGAUCUAUUGCUAUGGAAACAUCCUCUACACAGUACAAAUGCUGCGCUCCAUCCAGGAUCUUCAGACGGUCCAAAUUGUCAAAAUCCUAAGAUAUGAGAAGAAGGUAGCUGCCAUGUUUCUUCUCAUGAUCUCCUGCUUCCUGGUGUGCUGGACACCCUACGCUGUUGUGUCUAUGAUGGUGGCUUUUGGCAGGAAGAGCAUGAUCUCGCCCACUGUGGCCAUUAUCCCAUCCUUCUUUGCCAAGUCCAGCACAGCCUACAACCCCCUCAUCUAUGUAUUCAUGAGCAUGAAGUUCCGGCGCUGUUUGCUGCAGCUGCUGUGCUCAAGGUUGUCCUGGCUGCAGCAAAGCUUCAAAGAGCGGCCCCUGGCUCCGGUUGAGCGUCCUAUCAGACCCAUCGUUGUUUCAAGUUCACGCGGCAGAAGAAAGAGACCCAAAAAGAGGGUGACCUUCAGCUCCUCCUCUAUCGUCUUUGUCAUUACAAGUGACGAUUUUCGCCGCUUCGAUGUGUCGUCCCCUGCGGAGUCCUCCGCUAAUGUCAUUCAAGUGAGGCCGCUGUGAUCCCCCCCAAGGCGAGACUGUCAUCCUGUACAGGUUUACGACCUGCCAUGCUAUUCUAAGCUCAAAUCAAUAUGAUCACUUUAUACACAUGAGAGGGUUGGAAAAUCAAAUAUUCUCACCCUUAUAUAACAUCUAUGCUGUCAAAACAUACAUUCUUU